GAACAGAAUCAAACAAAGAAACUACCACUUGAUUAAGAGUCGGACUUUUCCAAGGCCACACAUGCAGUAAGAGGAGCAAAUCUUCCAGCACAGGGUUGAGAUUUCAAAAGAAUUGCAGCCCAUCCAAGCAGCUGAGACAGGUGUCCAGCCUCCAUGCUGCCUCUCCUGAAGGUCACCCUCUUUCUACUCUCCUCCUGCUUCUCAGCAGGAGGAGGCAGCCCCCUCAGUGAAGGCCUGUGGCUGUUGAAGACUGAGUUUGCCCUCCACCUCUACCGAAGUGCAGCAGCAGAGAGAAAUGGCACAAACUUCGUCAUCUCACCUGCCAGUGUGGCCCUCUCCCUGGAGAUCCUGCAGUUUGGAGCCAGAGGCAACACUGGCUGGCAGCUGGCAGGGGCCCUAGGGUAUACUGUGCAAGACCCAAGAGUGAGAGAAUUCCUGCACACUGUUUAUACCACAUUGCACAACUCCAGUCAAGGCAUCGGGAUGGAGCUGGCCUGCACCCUGUUCAUGCAAACUGGAACAUCUCUGUCUCCCUGCUUUGUGGAGCAGGUCUCCCGGUGGGCCAACAGCAGUCUGGAGCCAGCUGACUUCAGAGAGCCUUACAGCACUACCACGGAGGCCUCCAAAGUCACAUCCAGACAGAGCACAGGUGAAGGCCCCGGUAGCCCGCUGUGGGGCCGAGCUGGUGCCCUGUCUACUCAGCUCUCCAUCAUGAGCACCAUGGCCUUCCAGAGCACCUGGCAGAAGAGGUUCUUCUCCGUGGCCUCGCAGCCCCUGCCUUUCACCUGUGCUCAUGGCCUUGUACUUCAAGUCCCAGUGAUGCACCAAGUGGCAGAGGUCAGCUAUGGCCAGUUCCAGGAUGCUGCAGGCCAUGAGGUAGAUGUUCUGGAGCUGUUGUACCUGGGAAGGGUGGCCAGUUUACUCCUGGUGCUCCCCCAAGAUAAGGGAACCCCUCUGGACCACAUUGAACCACACCUCACAGCCAGAGUCAUCCACCUCUGGACCACAAGGCUGAAGAGAACCAGGAUGGAUGUGUUUCUCCCCAGGUUUAGGAUCCAAAAUCAGUUUGACUUAAAAAGCAUUUUAAGAUCGUGGGGUAUCACUGAUCUUUUUGACCCACUCAAAGCUAACUUGGAAGGAAUUUCAGGCCAAGAUGGCUUUUAUGUUUCUGAAGUAACCCACAAGGCCAAGAUGGAGCUUUCAGAGGAGGGUACCAAGUCAUCAGCAGCCACAGCUGUGCUGCUGCUGAGGAGGUCUCGGACUCCUGCUUUUAAAGCAGAUCGACCCUUCAUUUUUCUUCUGAGAGAACAUAGCACAGGGUUUGUCUUCAGUAUUGGGAGAGUUUCAAAUCCCCUUGACUAAAAUAGCAGACCUCAAGAAUGUUCUAUCUAUGUAUGCUUUCCUUCAUAAAUAUUUACAAUUUCUUUUAAGGGUAUGUGAUUUCCAAAUAUUAUUAAUCUAAAAAUAAUUCAAUUAAAAAAAUAAUUUGAAAGUUUUUUUUAACCUCGGUUAUUCGAAAUCUAAAAAUUCUAACCUUUUCUACUAUUCCCUCCAAACCACUAAAAGGCACAGCAGUGAUCUAUGAAUGUGUGCAUGAGUCAGGACACAGGAUCACAGCCUUAGUAAAAAUGUGCACCCUGUGAGAAUGGAGAAUGAAGUGCCAGAUAGCUGCAUCCUGUGCAAAUAAAGGGGAAAGAAAAUGGAGUACAGUCAUCUUAAGUCUGUUUCCUCUCCAGUUAGCUUCUAAAUAAGUAUGAGAAUCAGAGAGCAGACUAAGAGAUCCCCUCUGAAUCAUAUCAUAAACUCAUGUAACCAUGGCAUGGGACCAAAUUACGGCAUACUAGGCAUUUCCAAAUAUGAUAUACCCUAAAGCUACCACACCCUAAUAGCUAGACUUGAAUGCCAUCUAAAUCCUGUAAGAAAGACUGAAAAGGUGUUAAGAAACCAAUAAUGUCCCAACUCAUCUACUUUUAAAAUUGUUUUAAAAACUGCCCAUCUGUCUACCUGCCACAGACAAAGGUAUUGCCAUUGUCCAGGUAAGAGUGGAGUAUAUUGGCAUGGCCAACAAAAAUUACGAACAUAUAGUUAAAAAGACAAUGCAAGCUAUGUAACACAUAAUU